AUGAAAGUGUCCAAAAUAAUUCCUAAUCCUAGGGUCCAUAUCAAAACUAAGCUGGCUUUUUCUGUAAUUAAAGCUAAAAUCACAUGCUUUGAGAGUUUUUCUCCGGUUGCUUCAACAGCUUGCUUGAAGAAAGACCACCAUGAAAUCUCUUAUCCUUGUCUUACAUUUCAUUCACUCAACUAUUUGACAAACUUACUGAAUUGGAAGGCGGUGUUACAGAAAGCUGCAGUGAAAGAUUGGAAUAUAAAAUACGAUUUUUGCGUCAACUCUCUUGAAUCGAAUCCUCAUGGCAAAAGUGCAACAAGUAUCAAAGGAUUGGUCAUAGCAUCAUCAAAGAAUGCUGCAUUCAACAUGAUUAACGUGGAAAGAAUCGCUAAAACGAACCUCAAUAAAAGGAAAACUUCUCCUGGUAAUAAGGCAGCAUUACUUGAUUGCAUCGAGCUUUAUAAUGAUGCAAAUAGUUCUUUAAACAAAGCUUUAACGAACGUUAAAUCACAGGAUUACAGUAGAGCUAAUGAGUAUCUGAUUUCUGCUUUUGAUGCACUGAGAAUUUGUGAAGAUAUAUUCACAAAAAUAAAGAAAGCAAAAUCUCCGAUUAGAGAUGAGAACAAUAAUAUAAUCUAA